CUAGAAAAUUUACGAGCAUCGCUUGAGGCAACAGUAAAAUCUGAUACGUGUAACGGCAGUAAAACUGAUAGAUGCUUUAAAGUACUCUAUUGUAACUUGGUAUUGUCAGUAAUACAUCGUUCUCGAGUACAAACAGAACAUGGAAGUCCACAAAGUUGUUUUAUGUGUUCAAAUCAAAGUGUGUGAGAAUCAAUUUUAGUUAUAAUCAACUUUUUGUAAAACAUUUUUCAUCGAUAUUUUGAGUGUACAAAAUGGACAUAGUGCUAAAAUGAAAUCCAUCUGAAUUUCAUAUGAAAUUAAUUACUGAAAGCAAAUAGAUACUUUGUUGUACAGAACAAUAUUAUCCUGUAGUCGUUUUUUAUACAAGGCAGUAAUAAUGUUAAUAUUAUCAGAAAUGUAGUGUUGGAACAUUGGCGUAAAAAUAAUCACAAUUCCUCUGGAAAAUCCUCAAUUAAGAUCGAUCUUAUUUUUCAAUAGCCUCCUUAUUAUCCAUUAAGCUGAUAGUCUUCUGCACUAGAUUCUUGAAGUAGUUUUUCGAUGACUUAUAAACUGGCAUACUAUGACUCUUACGAUGUCAGCAGACAAUAUAACUUUGAACGGUUCAUCUCGAAAUUUAUGUGAUAAUAAUGCGUCUGAAAGAAUUUUUGAUACCGGUUCAAAACGGAAAGACAAUGUCACUAAAGAAAAUAAAAUGACGUUAGACGAAUUUCGAACGACAAUAAAUCAAAAUUAUAAUCCCGAAGCGAAUCCUAUUUAUACCUUUUCACCUGAGAGCGCGGAAUCAUCUGGGUCUCAAGAAUCAAGCUCUCAUGAGUAUUCUAGUUAUCCAAAUGGCAUUUCAUUUGAAAAUAAUCGACGAGAAAAUACGACAUCGGUUGAGAAAAGUACUUUUGAAAAAGAUGCUUUGAAUUCGGGAAUAUUUUCCCAAGAUGGUCAAUCAUACCAGCAACACCAACAACAAACAUCAGAACAAUAUGAACAUUCGGGUAUCAGUCAUCAUAUACAUUAUCAGCAGCCACAGCAAUAUCAGCAUCAGCAGGACAUGCAAAAUCAAUCUAGAAUUAAAAGGUGGCAAAUGAAACAAGAAGUGCAAAGCCAUCCAUUAUUUCCACAAUCUAAUCAUCAACGUCUGAUGCCUGUCAAUAGAGGGAAUCAGCGCAAACAAAGCAGUGGUAAAAGGUCAAGAACAGCAUAUUCAAGUGCUCAAUUAUUUGAGCUUGAAAAAGAAUUUCUUUGUGGGCGUUACUUAUGUCGACCACGGCGGAUUGAGAUGGCAGCGUCCUUGUCACUAACAGAGAGACAAAUCAAAAUAUGGUUUCAAAAUCGUCGAAUGAAAUUUAAAAAGGAGCAGAAUUCAGUAAAGCCUGAAGGUAACCCAAUAAAAUCAGUCAAGAUUGAAAUGAAGUCUGAUACGAAACAAGAAUUGAUUGAUCAUUCAUCUUCAACUUCAUUGCAAAAUAUUUUGCCUUCUCAAAAUGAUCAAAAACUUGAGUAUUAUUCUAAUUCAGAGAAUCAUUUAUACACGUCUCCUCCAGUGUAUACACCAUCAGUUCAUCAAAGUUACGACCGGAUUUCGAGUUUUAAUGACUUUGUCAAUUACAAUAAUCGACGGCAAGUAUUUCCUAGCAUUACUGAAAAACCAAACGCAAUAGAUGUGCCAGAUUAUCGAGUCAUUUAUCAAACACAACAAUUAUGUGAGCAAAAUAACGAGCAACAAGUUUCAAAGUCAAAUUCAUCUGUUGAACGCAAUGAGUGUUUUAAAGAUUAUGGAAGAACAGAAAUUUAUCAAUACCAAGAAUAUGCAUGGUAUGGUUCAGCGAACUCCUACAUAAAUAAUAAUUACUCUGCAUCUCACCCGGGAACUAUGAAUUACCACCACCGAAAUAACUACGGAAAUCUCCUUGAAAAUACUAAUGGAUUUCAAGAUUAUUCUUCAUCGAUACCACCUGAUUUUCCAUUAUGGUCAAAUACUCAUCAUUCGGAAUCAACGGAUAUUGAAAAAACUAUCAAUACUGAUGAGUCUCUUCGUGAUACGGACUUAGAAACCACCAACUUAACGAAUUUGUAGUGAAUGUAUUUUUUUUUACCCUGUUAUUCCAUUAUUUGAAUUGUAAAUAGAAAUUGAUUUAAAAAACCAUAAAUUAAUAAAAAGUUAGCAAUUUAAUUUUAAUAGUAGCUUAACAUAUUUUGGCUAACAGAGCAAUUUUUUAUUAUAAAAAUUGAAAACUCUAUGGAAUUGAACUAGUUUUUUUUUCAUUACGGUAAUUUUCGAACUAUUUUAUACGUAAAGUAAGAACGAUAUGCAACUCGAUAGUCAAUAAAAGUAAAUUCAUUAUUCAAAAUACAUGAGAGUUCGAGGUGUGUAUUUUUACCAUAAUUUACGGUAUUUGAAAAAAUUCUGGCGAGAAUGAUAUUUUAUUGUAUUUCGCGGUAAAUUACGACAUUUUACGGUAGUUAUGGUAUUUUACGAUAAACGUACGGCAAUACACCGUGCAUUUACAGCGAUCGCGCAAUAUUUUUCUGUAAAAGUGCGGUAACAUUGCGGUAUUUCACCAUAAACGUGCAGACUUAAUGCAAAAUUAAGGCAUUUUACAGGGAAGCAGUGAAAUACUUCACUACUCUCUAAAUCUGAAACAGUGAAAACCACUGACAAGUAGUGUAUAUACACUGUUUCACAGUUAUAAGUAUACCACUUGGUAUACUUAUAACUGUAAAACAGUGAAAAGUCACUAUUUUAGAUUUAGAGAGUAUGUUACGGUAAAAAUAGCACAAAUCGCGUUAAAAGACUGUAAUUUACCAUAUUCUAUUGUAAGUUACUGUGUUUUCACCGUAAGCUAACAUAUUUUUACGGUAAAUGACCACAGCUUUACCGUCGACUUCCAUAUUUUUACCAUAAAUUAGCGUAAUUCACCACAAAUUACCGUAAAAUGCGGAAAAUGCCCAAUAAAAUACGGUAUUUUUCGGUAAAUAUACGGUAAUUGAUCGUAAUUCUGAUUCGCUAGGAAUAUUUCAAAGAAAAUUUUUUUUUAUAUUUUUCUGAAUAGUAUGUUACGCUUCCAGGAAUAACAGUAGAACAUAACAACCUGUAUACUAUAUCGUGCUGGUCACGAUAUUUUUUUCUCCGUGUGGAAAUCUGGGAAUCUAACUCCCGGCAGGGACUGCCCCCUCCCCCUUUCCCUACUUAAAGAAUAAGUUUUCUUAAUAUUUUCUAAGAAACACUAUUAAGUUUUAGUUAUUCAUAAGUAUUGUAAGAUAUUGUAAGAGAUAUUAUUAUUUGAUAUUAAAAAUGGAAUAUUAUUGAAUUGAAUUUUUUUACUGUUAAGGUAUUUAUUGUGUCUGAAAAUUUUUUAUCAAUUAUUGUAUCAUGCAAAAAUUUUAU